AUGCUGCCUGUGCCGGGGCGCCAGAGCCCCAGCGCCUACCGUGCUUCACCCAGGGGCUUAUUAGUGGAGUUUCUGGGGGCCGUUCCACUGGAGCAGAACAAGCAGGAGGAAGUGGCUGCAGUGUCUGAUGAUGUGAAAACCGAGGCAAUGGACAACCUGAAAACGCUGGUUCGUAACAGAAGGAACAUCCCCGUCUGGGCUGUGCCCCAGUUCAAACGCCUGCCUGACUUCUGGGGAUGGUACAAGUACUUCAUGGACAGCCACAACCAGGAGGGAGUUGAAGACCUGGAUCGCCUGUACAUGGCCUACCUGCAGAACAAGCACAGGUCAGAGGAGGGACCCACCUUCAACCACUACCUCAAGCACCUCAGUGAAAUCUACAAGAGCUGUGCUGAUUCUGAUGAUCCAGAGUGCAUCUCUGAGUCCACUAGCAAGCCAAAGGCUGCUGUUGUGAUGCCUGCCGCCAUCAAGUCUGCUCCUGUCAGGCUGUGCAACCCCUACCUUGACCCCUACUGCCUCUUCCCCCUGGUCCCCAAGGCGGCCAUCCCAGAGCCUGAACCUGAGCCCGCUCCAGUCAAGGUGCCAGCUCCUAUCCUCACCCCCAUGCUGCCCAUGCCCCUGAAGAGCCCCACCGGUUUCUACUACUACGCUCCUGUCCUGGAGCCCUUCCUGAGCAGUGAGCAAAGGUCUGAGCUGUUGAGGAUCUGCAACCCUGAAGAUGUGGAGUGUCUGCAGUAUCACCUGAGAGCAGCAUAUGGCUACCGCCCAGCAGCUGGUCCAGCUCCAUCCUAUGCUGCCCUCAAAUGUGACCCAAAGGACCCCUACUGCAUGCCCCUUCUGGUCCAGAAGGCCCCCACUGGCUUCUACCACCUGAUGUACCCCAGCUGUGACCCAGCCGUGGAUCCUCUGUGUGUGACCAGUGUCGCUGCUCCUGCUCCCCUGGCUGCUGGGGAGGCCCCUAAAGAACAGCACUGCAACCCUCUGUUUGAGGCUGGCUGCAAUCCCCUGACUGCCACCAAGCUGUCCGGCCUCACCAAGCCCGUCCUAGAGUAUGCCCCCAACGAUGAGCCUGCACCUCCAGCUGCUCCUCUGUCGUGCGACCCUCGCACUGACCCAUACUGCAUACUGGCAGUCGCCGCUGCCCUACGCAAGCCCCCUCCACAGAAGCCCGAGCACCAGGUUCGCUACAAGCUUGGUGUCCCUGGCAAGACCAAGGAGGGCCACGACUGCUAUGUGCACUAUGACAAAGACUGCACCCCGGUCAAGUCUGGGUCUAAGGCUGACAUCAAGGCUCCAGCCAAGCCCUUCUGCCAUCCUUUUGAUCCUAAGUGUGGCAAGGCUGCUCCACCCGCUGGCGUUGAGGCCCCGAAGCCCGGCACAGAUGGUAUAAUCCUGCCUGAUCCUGACUGCGACCCCGAGAUCGACUACAACUGCCGCCUACGUCGCGCUGAGCCUGCUGCUGCAGCUGAUGAGCCUGCUGAUGAACCGGCCAAGGAGGCCGCCGCCCUACAGUCUGCUGUCCCACGCUUUGAAGAUUACCUUAGGGCCGUCAUGAGCCAGCACAAAUAG